AGCCAUUCUACAAAAGUGGAAGCUGUGGUGAGAACUCUGAUGAAAAUACAGCUUAGAGAUCCAGGGGCUAAAGCACUUGUUUUCUCAACGUGGCAAGAUGUAUUAGAUAUUAUUUCCAAAGCUCUCACUGACAACAACAUCGAAUUUGCUCAAAUCAGUCGCGUUAAGACAUUUCAGGAGAACCUUUCAGCAUUUAAACAUGAUCCCGAAAUCAAUAUUUUGCUGCUGCCCCUGCACAUAGGUUCUAAUGGAUUAACUAUCAUUGAAGCAACUCAUGUUCUCUUGGUGGAGCCCAUAUUGAACCCUGCCCAUGAGCUUCAGGCAAUAGGGAGGGUGCACCGAAUUGGACAGACAAAACCUACUAUUGUACACAGAUUCUUAAUUAAAGCAACGAUAGAAGAAAGAAUGCAGGCAAUGCUGAAAACUGCUGAGAGGAGUCACACGAACUCAUCAGGGAAGCAUUCGGAGGCCUCCGUCUUGACUGUGGCUGACCUGGCAGACCUAUUUACCAAAGAAACAGAAGAGCUUGAGUGAACCGCUGAGCUACUCCUGAUGCAAUCCACAGACUUUUAUGUGUUAAUGACCUUUUUUAGCAGUAGAGCAAACUUCCAAGUUAAAAAAAAAACAGUAGAUGUCAGUAAACACUGUUCCUAGUUGAAUUAAUUUGUUUCCUUUUGGGAGUGGUAAUACAGUGGCCUAGUAUUUAUUGAGUCCUUUUCAAUAUACUAUUUUCAAAAGAUCUAUAAAGAUUUUUAAUUUUACACUCCUAAUAAAACAUUUAUUUUUGUUCCAAAGACUCUAUAUCUGAUGAUGCAAGGGCAUUAAGAGAGGUAAUGUAUACUUUUCUUUUGAUAAGAUCAGUCAUAGAGAGAGUUGGAAUACAGAAAGAAAGUAAGCUAGUCUAGUUUUAUAUGACCUGGUAUAGUCAACCAAUGUAGAUCUCAUUUUUGCAAGGGCCUUCAGUAUCUUCGCGUGAUUCACCAAUAUCUUGUUAGUAAUAUUUUUCGGUAGAUGGUAAAUUAUAUUGAUAUCUAGUUAUUUGGAGUAGGUUUAGACUAUAACUGCAUACAUAGUAAUUUUAAAGUAAUAUAACUUGUAACAAUAAAUUAAUGUUAGACAGUUAUUUUCUUUGCAUCUGCUACUAAAAAUCAAAACACUGAAAAUUUUUUAUAUUUCAUAAGUUAUAUCAUUGUAAGCAGUUAAUUCCAAAUAGAAUUUUUUAGUGUAUUAAUGUUUACCUUAAAAUUAUCUGCUUUCUCUACUCUUAAUUUUUCUUAUUACAUUUUUAUGUGUUUUAAAAUGGAUAUAUCUGUAAAUAUUGCAGUUUAUAUUAUUUUAAGUCUUAUUAUAGCAUGGAAAUAUGACAGGAUCUUUUUAAUCAUCAUGUUUGGAUUCCCUUUCUUUCCUAUAUUCUUGUGUGACUAGACUUUAGCCAAUAGAACAUCUAAAUGUAUGAUAAUGUUUCUUAUUCCAGUUGUUCUUUCCUUAAGGACUAGUAUUUGAUCUUUCAAACAAUAGAUUGCCAUAUUCACAUAAGCAAAUAGUUGCAAGUAAUAAUACCCAAAUGUUUCUUCUUCUGUGAAGAAUUAAUGGACUUUGAAAUUGCUGAAUAAGGAGUAGCUUGUUGUAUCCUAGCCAUUUGAUGUGUAAUACAAAUGUUCUUGUUUUCUUUUCUUUGAGCCUUCGGAGUUUUAAAUGACCCUCAGGACUCAUUAGCUCCUACUUAGCUACCCAGAAAACUGAUAGAAACGUCCCCUGGAUCACAUUUGUCCGAGAGGCUUUGGUGCUUAGUUAAGGUGCAUCUUCUUACUUCAGGAUUAUAGAGUGAAAUAAUUCAUCUGAAGAAAACACACAAUUUUUGGUGCUUAUUCUUCAGUUGGAAGGAGAUAUGCAUUGAUUCUUUUAUAUGAAACUAAAUUGAACUAUUAUUUUUGUAGCUCUUCACAUAUUAUAAAGAGCUUUCCUGUACAUUUACAUGUUUAAUUUGCCCAGCAAUUCUGUGACGAUGAUAUGAUCAUUACUGUGUUAAAGAUCGAGAACUGAAGUUCAGGAAUAUUGAGAAACUUGACUUGUAGCAAGUAAACAGUGGAGCCCUGGGCCCCUGUCUCCAAAUCUGAUGAUCUUUCACUAAGUCAUAUAAUGCUGAGAUUCAGAAGGCCCAUGAUUAUGAUUUAAAUAAUAAGGAUAUUUCAGUAUUUCUUUUUAUUUGUUUCCUAGUAUCUCUUUCUGAACUAUGUUUUAGAGAAAACAAUUUGAAAUGCUUCAAUUUUGUAAAAUAUAUAUAAGUACACUUAUCUAUGUUAGAGAAAAACUGCUCUUACUCCUCUAAGAUAUUGAUUAAAUAAAUAUUUUAGCGGAAAUUAAAA